AUGUCGUCGUCCUGGGAUGCCUCACUGAAAAGCCUCAAAGACAAGGCCCCUGCUGCUGCUGAUGCCACCGCUACUUCGAGCCUGGACGAGCGUGUCGCCGCCGCGGACAAGGAAUUCGCUGCCUCUGUCGUCCCCCUCGUCCUCUGGGCUGACGGUUCGAUAAUCUACGUCUCUACCAACAGCCAACAAGGCCAGGGUCUGUGCGGAAAGGUCGGCGACGGGGCCUUCAAGGGGUUCCAGACCGGAUGGUUGGCCGGAACUUACACCCUCGUCGUGACCGCGACCACUGGGCAGCUGUUGAACGCCAAUGGCCUCGUCGUCUACAAUGGCAUUGGAUAUGCGGCGCCGGCUAUUCGCGGCAGCUGGCAAGUCAGUUUCUAA